GACCAUGGCAACUUUAACCUCUUUUCUUUUCUCCCUCUUCCUCCUCUCCCUCCUCUCCUCCUCCGCCGUUUUGCUGCCGGAAAACUUUUCCAACUGCAUAUUAUUUUUUUCCCGCCCAUACAUUCGCAGAGCUUCCGCUUUCUUGGUCCUCUGCCACUGCAUGAAGAAGCUGCUUCAGACCAUGGCAACUUUAACCUCUUUUCUUUUCUCCCUCUUCCUCCUCUCCCUCCUCUCCUCCUCCGCCGUUUUGCUGCCGGAAACCUUUCGAAACGCCACACAAACCCUCUCAGACUCCGGCUUCCUAUCUAUGGCGCUGACCCUCCAGCUCGCCUCCCCUACCCUGCUCCUCAAUUCGUCGCCGGCGGCCACCAUAUUCGCCCCUUCCGACGCAGCCUUCCUCCUUUCCGGCCAACCGUCUCUUCUUCUGCUUCAAUUUCACAUUUCCCCUCUGAGACUUCACCCCCAAAACCUCUCUGCUCUUCCCCCCGGCGCAACCAUCCCCACCUUGUUGUUAAACCACUCAUUGAUCGUCACUGCUCCGUCUGACGGCGUCGAUUUCACCAUAAACAAUGUUAAGAUCGAAGAUUCUCCGGUUUACGACGAUGGAUCGUCAAUGGUUAUAUACGGAAUUGAAGAAUUCUUUAAUUCUUCUUUCGUGAUGCAUCAGAAUUUGGCCCCGGCUUCGACCCCUGGUUCCAUGGUUAGCGAUCUGCUGUGGAGUGACCCAUCUGGGUCUGGUGCUGGUUUUUUUGAUUUGGUUUCGGAUUUGCUGAGGUCCAGAGGCUACUCAAGAAUGGCCACGUUUCUUGAUAUGCAGCUAGUGGGUUUUGUGAAUUAUACAGGGCUCACGAUUUUUGCGCCGGUCGAUGAAGCAAUCGACGAAGCCGUGAAGAAUUUUGGUGAUUUUUCGGUAUUUUUUCGGCGGCAUGUGGUGCCUAAUUGUUUGACAUGGUUGGAAUUGGCUGAGCUUGACAGUGGAACUAUAUUGCAGACAUUCUCAGAGGGGUUUGUGAUUAACGUUACCAGGUCUGGAGAUGUUCUUGAGCUAAACGGACUUCCGGUGAUCUUUCCGGACAUGUACUACCGUGAUGCGCUUGUUGUUCACGGGAUUAAUCGGUUACUUACUGAAAAACAGGAGUUGACGGGAGAUUCAUUCUUCCAGUUCGAUUGGGAUGAUGAUCCAGAUCCUCCUGAUUAUGGGAAUCCGAAUAGAGAGGCAGACCGAACUCCGUGUCGGUAGAGGCAGUUCAUACUAUCCUUGGUAGGAGGGUGAGUUACUAAGCUAAGGUCAGAUGGUUUUUGGAUUAUGAUCCUAGUUUUUCC